UUGCUACCACAACCGCAAUGUUGCCAUAUAAACUGAUUAUUACAUGGACUAUUAUAUUGAACGUAGUGUUGGAGAAACAUCAUUAAACAUUCAACGGACACUGUUGUAUUGAAUAAUAAUCAUAGCUCAAUAAAACAAUAUCCAUUCAUUUCCCUCAAACAGGCUAUAAAACAAUGAUUCUUUUAUUUAUGUUCAUUCAUACAUACUUUAUCUGAAUCGAAUAUUAAUUUAAUCAGUGAAUAUAUCUAUUGAUCUUAUUUAUCAAGAACUUUCAAGUUCAUAAAAUUUUGCGAAUAACAUGCAAAUAUUUGUUCGGAUACGAUGGAAAUAGGAAAUAUAGUUAUCAUCUGCAUGGCCGUAAUGUUUCAAGCAAAUGGUGAAUACUGCAAAGGUUACUGGGACAACGAUAACGUCCGACAUGCGGGAUUUAACUGUCCGACCAAGAUCAAACUUAUCGGUAUAUCAGACGUGUAUUGUUGCUACAGCGAGACCACCCUCGGUCGCCGGGAGUGCUGUAAUGACCGGACGAAGAGUCUAUACAAUGCCGACAUGACGUAUUGGAAUGAGGCGUUUAUCAUGUCGUACCCGUUUCUGGUGCUGUUUGGGGGCUGUGUGACGCUGGUUAUAGUUUACACGUCCAUGCAACCCAAAGAGGCUGAGGUGAAACAUGAAAUCUACGAGUGAUUUUUGUACCUCUUGUUGACAAUAAUAUAACAUAGUUGUACUGAAACAUGUAAGUUUAUAUUGUCUUUUUAUUAGUGCAAUGCUGUAUUGUGAUAGAAUUGACAACAUAAGUUGAUUCACAGCAUCAAAAUCGCGUACACACUGCUUUUAACAGGUGAACGCAGAGAAACCGUUUGCUUGUAGGCUAAAACUGGAACAGCUGUUUAUAUAAUUAAGUACGUAUUUUUAAUUUGUGCGAACAUUAACAAAUAUAAUAAUAAAGAAUAUACAUACAUGUAUAA